AUGGUGCGGUUCAGCGUGGUGUCGUUUGCUCCGCCUGGCAGCUCACUGGCUGUGAUUGGAAGCAGCGCAUCUCUCGGAAAAUGGAGCUUGGAGAAGGCCGUGACCAUGAAACCACGCUUGGCAAAUGCCCGGCUGCAAUCCGAGCCUGAUUUUCACUGGGCGGAUGUUGACAUCCCCGAAGCCGGCAGCGAACGUAUCGAGUACAAGUUCGUGGAGCGCGGGAGCGACGGUGUCAAGUGGGAGGAGCUGGGAGGUCACCAAAACCGCGUCCUGGAACUCGAAACCCAAGAAGAUGGACAAGCUAUCCUUCUGCCGGUCGUGCGGUUUGCAGAGCCUGGCGGCGGGGAGAGCGAUCACACGGCGCGGUUUUAUCAGGGGGUAAAGGAGCGUGGCGAGAUAUCCAUUCGGAAGGUGCUGGACCAGCUCUUUGUGGGUUCAUGCCCCAGGCAUCGCUCGCACAUAGACCAGUUGAAGUCCCUCGGCAUCUCAGUAGUGGUGAACUUUCAGACUGAGGAGGAUUGCAAGCGUAAUUGUGUUUCUGGCAUUGGCAUGGAGGAGGAUCCAAUGGCGGUGAGCCGUAUUUACGACAGCAAAGGCAUGCAAUACAUCUGGAUGCCGACGUUUGACAUGUCCACUGACGGUCGUGCACAAAUGCUGCCGCAAGCAUCGUUUCUGUUCGGUCAGCUUAUCCGUAGAGGGCAUACAGUCUACAGUCACUGCAACGCGGGCGUGGGUCGGAGUGUGGCAGCUGCAUGCGGCUAUUUGACCUUCUUCUUGGGCCUCUCGCUACGGCAGAUGCAACACGUGAUGGCAAGCUCUCGGCCUGUGGCGUACUUCGAUUUCGAGGCCAUGGAGAGAGCUCGACCCCAUUAUCAAGCCUUAUUCGGCGUUGAAGAGUUUCUGGAGAAGGAUGGUAAGUGCAAGGAGGAGGCGCUGGCACUCCUGUGA